CCGGAGCGGGGAGAGGCGGGGCCAAGGCCGGGGCCUGACUCCACCUGAAGACCGCGGAGGCCGAGGGGCUGGGGUCGCGCGCCGUGGCAGCAGCAGGAGCAGCAGCAGUCACCACCGGCCGCCGUUCGGGGUUUUUAGGACUCAGCUAUCAAAAUGGGCAGAAUUUUCCUUGACCAUAUUGGUGGUACCCGUCUGUUUUCUUGCGCCAACUGUGACACGAUCCUGACCAACCGCUCAGAGCUUAUAUCCACUCGGUUCACCGGUGCGACUGGCAGAGCGUUUCUUUUUAACAAGGUAGUAAAUCUGCAGUACAGUGAAGUUCAAGACCGGGUCAUGCUCACUGGCCGCCACAUGGUUCGAGACGUGAGCUGCAAGAACUGCAAUAGCAAGCUGGGGUGGGUCUACGAGUUCGCCACGGAAGACAGCCAGCGCUACAAGGAGGGCCGCGUGAUCCUGGAGCGCGCGCUAGUUCGAGAGAGUGAGGGCUUCGAGGAGCAUGUGCCAUCUGAUAACUCUUGAAGAAAAAGAGAAAAAUCCAUCUUUUCCUAGGUCUCCUUCACCGAAAACAAAUUACUUACAUACACUGUCCACCUUAGCAUCAGAAUCAGAUUCAUGAACUGCGGAACAAGAGGUUGCAAGGAUCGAAGAUGGAACCGUUUUCCUUUUUUUUUUUUUUUCAAGUUUUUUUUUCCUGUAUUUUCCAUCCAUCAGCAGUUUGUAGAGAGAAUAUGCAGGUGCCGUUACUCUUCCUCUGUCUGCAUCUUGAGUCAGGAGUCUUAUCUGCAGCUACAUGGUGGGUUAUGUGAGGAACAACAUUGGGGCUGGUAAGAGUGAAAAGUGUAUCUUAUGUAAAUUUUGAGUGGAGAAUAUGUCAAGAGCAUGGUUUUCAAACUUAUUUGGGCUGCAUUUUAAAUCUUUUUCUUUUAAAACCAGUUAUUUUACUUAAUUGCUAGCUUCAGAGAAGAGAUCCGAAUCUGCCCAGCGCUGGAGGUUCAGUGUUAGCAUGGCUUGUGCUGGCCAGUGUGCAUAUGCUUGUUGGAGAUGAGCUGUAACCAGAGCCCAUUCCUGUCAGUCUUGACCCAAAGAUGUCGCCAUUGCUAGUGCUCGUCAUCACAGAAUUGGCCUUGAUCGGAAACUUUCUGACACGGGGAAGAACAGCUUGGUUGUCUUGUCCAUGUAACUUAAGCAUAGUAAUAUAAAUAAAGUCAUAGUUGGAUGUUU